UUUUCCAAACCACGCAGAUUUUGGUAUGCUCCCAAACCACGUCGACUCCUUAACAAAAUGUCUCAACUCACAAGGCAUCAGAAUCCGUGGAACUUCGUCUUCGUCAAAUCUCCAAACUUCCGUCAUGGAACAAGCUUCUGAAUCAUGUUUCAUCGUUUUGCACUGCGCUGAUCACUAUUAAACACCCCCGGCAUUGCAACAGUUUCCGCAGCUCGUAGUGUUUGGCUGUUUGCAACAGUCGAGCGGGAUGUCUGCUCUAUUCUUGGAAGACAACAGAAUGGCCAAAGAUUCCUACCUUGCGAUCGAAGCCCCACGGGAAGUGCUCGCCGGAUCCUUCUCCAUUUCCCACUGGGUGUCCAAGUUCCUCCUCGCCAAUCUCCCCAUCAGGCCCGGUUCCGCUUCAGAACUGAGUUUCCUGAUCGACGUGAAGAGCGUGGCUGCCAGCGCCAGGAUCCAUGCGACCAGGAGGGUUGGGCAGGUCCUCCGAUCUAAAAGAGUGGCGGCCGCCGUCGAGGGAGGAAGAGGAGAGGAGAGUGGGAGCGCCGGCAGCGGGUUGAGUUCAGGUAAACCCGAAGGGAAGGGCUCGUGGAACGACAUGCCCAAAUUCAUCGUCGCAGGCGCAGUGUCCACAGUGAUUUCCAGGACGUGCAUUGCUCCGCUGGAGAGGAUAAAGCUGGAGUGUAUCGUGCAGGGGUCGAAGCAUUCCUGGCUAAAGAUUGUCCAGUGCAUCUGGGUUUCUGAAGGUUUGAGAGGGUUUUGGAAGGGCAAUGGGAUCAAUCUCUUGCGCAUGGUUCCCUUCAAGUCUAUCAAUUUCAUUGCCUACGACAUGUAUGUGAAUUGGCUUAUCCGCUCCGUGGGGAAGAAGAGAAUCACAAAUCAUGACAGGCUCAUUGGUGGUGGCAUCGCCGGCAUCCUUGGCACUGUCCUAUGCAUUCCUCUGGAUACCUUAAGAACAAGACUGGCGGCUCCGGGCGGCGAAGCUCUUGGAGGAGUGGCAGGGUGCUUCUGCCAUAUGGUUCAGAAUGAAGGCUUCCUUUCACUGUACAAGGGCCUGAAUGCAGCCCUUAUCAGCAUGGGGCCAUCGAGUGCAGUCUUCUACCUUGUCUAUGACAUCCUUAAGAACUCACACCUAAAGAAGAACCCUCAUGGCGAGAGGAGUGAGUUGGGUGUGACGAAUACCUUGUUGUAUGGUGCAAUUGCAGGGGCAGUGUCUGAGACAGUUACCUAUCCUCUAGAAGUCAUAAGGAGGCAGCUGCAGCUCCAGCAAUCCAACAAUUUAGGGCUGUCUUCUGCCUUCAUUGAUAUUGUCAGAAGAGAAGGAGUUGAGUCUCUCUUUGCAGGAUUAGUCCCCAGCACUCUGCAGGUACUCCCAUCUACAGCUUUGAGCUAUUUCUUUUAUGAGAUGCUGAAAAGUAUUUUGGAGAUUUAGUGCAUUGCGAUGUUGUUGACAACAAUUAUCCCUUCAAGAUUGUUGGUGGUUUGAAAAUUUGCAAUUAGUCAACUAAAUUGUAUCAGGCAGAGCUGUUUCUAAAAUUAUAGUUAUAUGGCAAGAAUAUAAGCUUGAAAUCUAUGUCUGUUGAUACGAUAUGUUCAAACUUUGAGUUAAGCAUCAUUACUACCAAGUUUCUCUUUUCUUUCUUUGUUGUUAAACGAGUCAAUCCAAUGUUGUUACUGAUCUGUUCUUUGACUAAUUGGUCUGUUAACUUUGUAUGUUUUGCACAAUUAUGAUGGAUUCUGUUCAUUGCCACGGCAA